UACAAUGCCUAAAACUCAAUCCAUGAAAAAAAAAAGGAAGUUGUGUUUACUUGAAUCAAAAAAAAAAAACCACUGCUGUACAAGACAGUUUAAAGAUAUUGAAAACACAUUCUGCAAAUUGGUAGUGCAAAUUUGCAAAAUACAAUCAAUAAAAUGAUGUAUUAUGGUAGGUAAGGACACAGCCCAAGUGAGAUCUGAACCUAUAGUCCAAAUAGAUCUAUCAAAGGAGAUGUAUAGGAGGGCAAUUAGCACAUAAACAUUAGCAAAAGGGGAAUACAAAUAAAAUGAGCAUUGAGAUGUGAGAUGUCAGCAGAUGCCUAUAGAAUGCUAACAUUAAAGUUCUCGAAAUCAAGUGAUGAUGUACUGGGGCUCUUCAUUCAUGCUGGCAGUUGAGAAAGGAACAGCUGCUUUGAAAGAUAGUUUUACAGUUUUGUAUAAAGCUGGACAGUCUGAGGUAUGAUUCUGGAAUCAGCCUUCUCAUUUUAAAAUCUAAGCUUUAUGAAAGCCGUCACGUGAAUGCUUACAGAUUUUCUUUUUAUAAUUCCCUCAAACAGGGUGGAUAGAGGAACUUUUUAAGAAACCCACCUGACAAGUGCUGUCUAAUUAAUAGAUGCAGAGAUAUUUAUGCUGGUGAUUGGCGCCCUCUACAGGAUAUGGAUGGUUGGACAGAUGCGAGACGCAGAAAGAGUAACUGUAAAGAAGCCUAGAAAACGUUCCUAUUACUGCCAACACAAAUGGACAUACAAAGAUUACCCAGAGUGUCCAAGAUGGCAUCAGACAGCUCUGAGACUGGCCAGUAUUACACUGGUUUUCUUGGUGGCCACGGUGAUAGGAUUAGCCAUCCAUGUCAGUCAUCUGAGUGUACAUUCCUUAAGCGAUAAGCACAACAAGGGGAUACUUGGUAAUAAUGAAAGCAGAUGUUGCGGCUGUAUGGAUAUUUCUCCCGGGAAACAACAGCAGGACAAAAUAGACUCCACAGGAAAAUCAUGCCCUGAUGACUGGUUCCAGAAACAAGGGAAAUGUUACAAGUUUUACAUGAACUUUACGUCAUGGAUUGAUAGUAAAAUAUCCUGUGCAGUAAGGAAAUCACGUCUCUUAGUGAUCCAAGACAAGGCAGAACUGGAUUUCAUCCAGAGUAAAAUACAUGAUGGAGUUUACUUUUGGAUUGGAUUGAAUGUUACAGACACACAGAAAACAUGGACCUGGCUGGAUGGCACACCAUUACACCCACAUCUAUUUCAAGUCACAGGCCAGGUUGAAGAUGAAGCCUGUGCCCUGAUAACAAAGAAGGGUGUUUUUUCUGAAAAGUGUUUUAUUCACAAUUACUGGAUUUGUCAAGAUUCAUCUACAGAGGACAAUGUUUGAAUGAUCAUAGGUAUUUCUUUUACUAGAAAAGAAUCAGCUACUAUGGAGAUAUGUAUUUUUCCCCAAAUAAGUUCUCACUGUGUAGCCUUGGCAUGUUCUGGAACUCAUGCAGAUCAGGCUGGCCUCAAAUUCACGAUUAUCCUCCUGCCUCUGUCUCUUGAGUACACGGUGAUUCUAAUAAUGUGUAAAUAUGUGUCUACAAAUGUGAACACCCAGUCAGUCUCAACUGAGCCCUGAGGUCAUCCCUGUCACUGACACAAUAUCUCAUCAUCAUUCUUCACAGCAGUUGCCUAAGAGGAAACCUUUCUUCAAUCUGCUAACCUCUUGCAAAAUAUCUCAUUUUACUUUAAGAAUAAAGGAGACUGUUAGAGGGUUUCUGGAACUUUUUACCACUUAGUUUGCAAAGCUGGCUGCUUGUUAUUUUUCCUGUGCUUACUGUGAAUAAAGCCACCUCUCUUUUCUGUCUAAAUCAAAUCCCCUCAUCUGUAGUUUGAAUUUCAGCUUUUUAAAUUUUUCCAAGGAGACCCCUUCUUUUUUUUCUUCUAUCUCUUUUCUCACUCUCUUUCUAUCAUGACCAAACCUGCAGGAGCUACAAAAAAAUGUUCCUGUAACCACAUGUGGCUUUUGGUUUCUGUUCAGCUUCUCCCACCUCUUUUAAGAAAAACUUCCUGAAAAAAUUUCAGUAAAUGUGUUUUCCACUUUCUACCUCCUAUUUCAAGUUCCUAUAAAAUCUGGUUUCUGCUUUACUAUUUCAGUAAAAUGUUUUCAUCAAGCCACCAGCGGCUGACUAUCUAGAUUUUUGGAGCUCUCUACAGCUCGACUUGAUAUUAACCAAUCCUUUCAUCUUGAAAUGUUAGCCUGGUGUCUAUGGCCCACUUCUGCCUGUCACUGCAGCUUUUCCAGCAUGGGUUUUCUCCUCUGCUCUCAUAAACAUGGAGAUUCCCCAGAGUUUUGCCUGGAUCAGCUAAUAUAUACAACUGAUGAUUGAACUCAUCCCCUUCAUAAUGUCAUCAAUUUAUUAUCUCCAAACUGGACCUUAUUAAAUGACUGUCCAUGGGACAUCUCGGGGGCUGUCCAUCUUCCAUGUUACUAAAGUUACCUAUCCAUUAGAUUUCGGAAGCCUGCCUGUACUAGGUAAGCUGAGACCUUGGAGUCUGCCACGACUUUGCUCUCCUCUCUCCCUUGGUAUUCAAAGCUUCACUUAAGUUUUACAAAUUGGAUUACUUUUGACUUAUUUGUAUUAUCUUUGUACUCAGGUUAUUGUUCUGGUUUUCAAGGAGAGCCUUUUUUGUUCACUUAUAUUUUUAGUAUCGGGAUGGCACUGAGACAUACCAUGACAAUCCAUCCUCAGUAUUGGGAUGGCACUGAGACACACUGUGACAUCCACUCUCAAUACAGCUACU